GUUUCCACGUGUUUUGCUCCUCUGUGGCUCUAGUUUUACACUUCCGCUGCUCCAUGUGUCUGUUUUCAUUUACAGUGAGAUACAGCAAUGGCUACUAAACGGCAAACUGGGGAUCCUCCUGAUUCCGCUACAACAGCUAAGAAAAGCAAAACAGACCGAAACGAGUUCACUGGCACGGUCUUUAAAUCCAUGCUAAAUGAUUCAACUAAAGCGCUAAAGGGUUUGGAGACCUUCGUAAGAAUUGCGAAGAAACUUCCAUGCGCAGGAAUCUAUGAUGUUGUCGAAGGCUACAUAAAAAUCUCAGUUGAAUGUUCAGAAAUUUUCGCAUUACUGGAGGAAGAAAAUAAUUCUGAGUCUGAAAUGAUGCUGAUGUUUCAGAGUCUAGAAAUGAUUUUGCUGCGGACGGCCAGUGAUCUGUCUCAGUUGAGCAUGGUGGGCUCCAACAUAGUUAGGAAGACUGUCUCCACUCACAUGAAACUUCUGCUGUCCUCUCUACAUUCGGAGAAUCACAGGUUUGUCCGCCAGUGUCUGUGUUUCCUGUCUGCAGUGGUAUCUCAGGGUGCCGAGGCUGCGAGGGAUGUCUUCAGUCAAAUACACUUCAGUAAAGGUCUCAUCAGUCUCGCACGGAGAAGAGACAAAACUGGAAAGCCAGAUGUUAGAAUGGCUUACAUACAGUUUGUCCUUUCAUUCCUGAUGUCUGGAGACAAUACAACUAUUGGCCAGAUACUGGAGGCUAAAGAUUUUUUGUAUGAAAUCUUGACUAGUGGACUUAAAGAAGACAAAUUAUCCAUCGUAAACCUGAUUCUGUCCACCCUGCAAACCAGAGUUGUGCAGAAUAAGACCAUCACGAAAACUCAGAAAGUGCGUUUCUUUAGUGCUUCCAUUCUGGGACAGAUUGCCUCUCUCUAUAAAUGGAAUGGGAUUGUGGAUGUCAGCGUGGCUGAGAAAGAGAAACGGAAGGAUGAAGGUGAAGGGAAGCGUAUAGUGAGGGAGCUGGUGCAUAACUUCCUGCUGGACCUCUGCUGCUCUCGCAAACAUGGCAUCAGUUUUCAUGACCCGAGCCUGGGCACCGCUGGAAGAGCAGGAAACAUCGUUCUUCUGCAGUUCCUGGUGGGGCUGAAGCAGGCGACCGAGGAUGAGAUGGUAGCGGAGCUGGUUGUUAGUGUUCUGAAGGCCAGUCCUGAUAUACUGACCAGAUACUUUAAAGAAACCAAUUUCUCAUUCAGUCCACGAAACAAAAGCACCUGGCUGGAAAACAUCACUCUACUCAAGAAAAUUUAUGAGGCUCAGCCGGAGGUGUCCAAGGCUUUCCAGAUGAGUGAAAUGAUUCCUUUACCUCGUCUGCUGUCUAUGGUGUUGGUCACGUCUCUUCCUUCAGUGUGCAAUAAAGCCUUCUUCACUCAAGGUCUCAAUUUACCCAACUUAGUGUUCCAGCACACAACAAUUUCCCUCUUGGCAUUUAUUCUCAAGCGAGCCCAGAAAAACAUCGAGCACUGUCUGGACAAAACAGUCUGGGAGAGUUCAGACAUUUACAGCCCUGCCGUGAUGGAGGAGUUUGUGCAGCUUUACAGAGAGGCACUGAGCAAGAUUCUACCGGACAUGGUGUCCGUUGUUUCCAGCUGGCAGUCGCACUCAAAGGAGAAGGAAGAUGCAGUGAAGACGAUGGGCACAGAACAAAAACAGAGCAAAGAACACACACGGCAGGACGAUCCACAGCUCAUCCUGGUGAAAGCUCUGCUGCUCCAGGUGAUGUGUUUGUAUCAGAGGGUGGUGCCUCACCUUGUCAGCCAGAGCAAAUUCGACUUUAGCAAACUCCUAAAAGGCAUUGUGACAGAGAGUGGAAUGAAACAGGAAGUUCCUCCAGUUCUACAAUAUCAAAUUCUACAACUGGCUUUGGAACUUCCUGCAAGCAAAUUCUCCUGGUUUCGUGUUCAGGAUCUACCAGAUCCUGAAAAAGGAGAGAAAUCUGUCUUCUAUUUGUUACUUAAAAUGUUUGAAAGUAGUAACAGUAACUACUUGAAGACUUCAACCAGGAUGCUGGUCCUAAAAGUGUUGCGGGACAGCGGUGUAUUUGAGCACACGUGGACGGAGCUGGAGUUAUGGUUGGACCAUCUGGCGCUUUUGGACCCAUCCCAGCAGGAGACCGUUAUUCAGUUUUUAGACCAUGUUUUGAUGAGAGUGGUGUGUAACCCACACCUGUACACUGAGAAAGCAGCGAGUAUGGUUCAGGAGGCGGCGUAUCUACAGGCUAACCUGAGCGGCCAGGAGGGAGAUGAAGCCAGCAUCCCCAUAUCACACAUCGACGAUGUGCUCGACAUGGUUGAUGUUAUAGUGGAGGGCAGUGAAGGGGAUGUUGAGGAGAUCGGACCUUCCCUCACUGAAGACAUCAUCCUCCAGACGUUCCCGUUUAGUGCCAUUGUACCAGCUGUGCUCGAGGUUCGCAACAAACUGCCGGAGAGUUUUAAAGAUGGGAAAGGUGUGGUGUAUGAGUACAUGGCUGCAGUCCUGUGUGACGUUCUGCACUGUCAGAGGGACCCGCUGGCUCUGUGUCUGACCCUCCAGCACUACGAUAAAGAGCUGAACACGUCAGAUGCCUCUUCCCCUCCUCACGCCUCUGUCGUCGCCUUCUACCACUACUACUCUCAGUGGCUCCCCAAACAUACACAAGAGACCCUGUUCGUCACUGAAAACUUCCCGGAUGGUCCAUCUGGCGCUGACUUCACCGCACUUCUGAAGGCCUCCUAUAGUGAAGGGGCGAAUGCUUUCAUACGGGACUCUUUUAAGGAAGCUGCACAGGAAGCUCUGAAUACUCUGCACGUGUCCCGGGUCCCGGUGGCUGUCAAUCAAGUGCUUCUCUACCUCAGAAACUUUGUGCUCACUUUCAAUUCGCUCCCCAAAGAGACGGCAGCAGAGGUGUUGGGCAGUCUGAUGACCGUGCUGAACUCUCUCAUCCUGAAGCUGUUGAGCUCAGAAACACAACAGCCCACUCAACCUGAACCCGCAGAACAGCAGGACGAGGCAGACCUCUUUCUUGACACCAACCACGUACCUGCUCAGAACAUCCAACAGAUCCUGCUGGCUGUCCUCAGAUCAGUGUUUAAACACCCAGUAGUGGAGCAGUGGUUUCUGGCUCUGGAGUUGAGCUCUUUCCCUCUUCACUCCCUGAAUCCAGUGAGGCUGAAGCAGCUCUGCGGCCGUCUGACUGAGAUGACGCUCACUCUGCUGGAGUCCAGUGCCGCUGCGCUCCGAGAGCUGGACUCUUUAGAGCUCAUUAGCACAUACUUGACAGCAGCGCAGAGAGCCGUUCUCAAAGAGCUCCAAGAAAAGAGAAGCAAAAGUUGUCCCAAAAAGGAAUCCCCCUCUGUCCGAGCGCUCCUGGCUAUUCAUGAUUACAUUGACCCAUCAAGCUUGAAGGAGGUGGUGUCCACCCUGCUGUUGCUUCCUCAGAAGCACCUUGUGGCCCCUGAGAGGCAGCUGAGCGUGUACGGCCAUGCAGUGCUGAAGCUGCUCUCAGACAGCAUGAGACGUUUCUCUGAAGACCACAGCUGCAUUGCUCUGUCUCGGGCCCACCUGCAAGGUCUGGCUGCUCUCCUCACAUCCAGCCAGUGUGUGCAGCUUGAGGACUUCCUGCUGCAGGUGCUCUCCCAGGAGCCAGGCACUGCCAAACUCAUUCAGACAGAUGUUCUCUUGCACUGCAUCCAGAGAGAAAGUCCUUCAGCUCAGGCCAUGGGGGUUCUUCUUCUGGAGAACUGCUCCACGCAUGUCCUCAGCUUUGAGCUCUGGUGCCUGGAAGCAUCUAACCAAACACAGAUCAGCUCCCAAAACAGCAGCUUCCUGUUUUUACUCAACGCCUACAUGAGGAGAGCCACCAUUGAUGAUCCCACCCGCCCUAAAGACAUUCAAAAGUCAGUCCUGAAGGCCCUGAAGAAAGCUUUACUGUCCGAGCUGUGGCACACAGUGCAGCAAGGAGAAGUUGGUGUUGUGACCGACCUGCAUGUGGAGGUUCUGUCCGGUCUCAUCCGACUGGCUGCUGCGAACUCCGACCUCACACCACUUAUGAAUGAUCUACCUGCCGUCCUUCAGAAACCUGACAGUAAUGAAAGAUGGAAGCUGGCAGACUCCAUCAGCGAAAAGCUGUCAGAUUCAGAGGAACUGUCUCAGUGGAGGAAAUCUCUGCUUUCAGCUGCUGUCCUCUGGCUUUCUGCUGUAUAUAAAGAACAGAAAGACCCACAAUCCCAUCAUGAAGAGACCAUGCUGACAAGACUCAAGUCACUCCUGAUCUUUCCAGAAAAUAUCACUGCAUCAGACUGGAACACCUUUGUUAAGUCUGGGCUGAAGUAUCGAUACCGUGACUCUAACUUUUUGGGCACCUUAACCACACUGGUGGAGGUCAUAUAUGGAACACCAGAGACCCCUAAAGAGCUGUUGCCCAUGGCUACUAUCCACAUGAUGACCACCAGUCACUCUCUGUUCUUACCCACAAUGCUGGCCACACAGGACGAUUCCGACAGUCUUCAUCUGUCUAAAGAGUCGUUGGUGUCUCUCCUGCUUAUGCUGGUGAAGAAAUGUCCUGAAGUUUGUAACAUUAAUCACUUCCUUGUGCUUCUUGGUGCAUAUGGAGCUUCGUUGAACACAACAGAUCAGAAGAUUUUACUCCUGCUCCAGGAAUAUGAGAAGAACAACAUUAGUCUUACAGAGUUUCAGUAUGUGCUCUGGGGCCCUGCCGCGGUGGAGCACCAUAAAGCCCGGAAGAGCCUGGGACAUUCACUGUGGCAGAAGCCCAGCUCAGAGCAGCUGCUGUCACUGCUCACUGCAGACAGGAUGUUAAACACUGUCACACACUUCCCACAGCAGCGAUACAUCACCCCUCAGGUGAGCAAAAACUUGUUCUGCACACAGGAAGGCAAGCAUUCUCUAGAUUUGUCAUCUCUGUAUGACCCCUGCUUUCUCCUGCCUUUGUUCAGCUUCAUCCUUCGGCCAGAGUGUGCGGUAGACUGUCAGAAGUUUGUUUCCAGUCAUGCUUUGGGCGUCACCGUGGCGGCCCUGAGCAGCUAUGACCCUAAAGUGAGGGCCGCAGCGUACCAAGUACUGGGAUCCUUUUAUCAACACCUCGAGGGUGCUCACUUCAGAGAGAAGAGACUGCUACUGUACUUGCUUGACACGGUGAAGAACGGGAUCCCAAAGCAAAAUCUACGGAUGCCAAAUGUGCACGUGUCCUACAUAACCAAAGUUGCUCAGCAAAUCUUGAGACCUGAGGAACACAUGUACAUGGUGGUAAACAAAUUUCUUUUGGGAACUCAGUUUCUGGACCUCAAGAGAGUUCCUGACUUCUUCAAACUCUUCUACAGUUUUGAUCUGGAGCGCAAACUGGAGCGCGAGUGGGUGCUGAGCGUGUUGGAGGAAGGGGUUCGGGACAAGCACUGCUAUGAGAUCUGUGAGAAGCAAGGCAUCUAUCAGACCCUGCUGGGUUUCGCGAGCACACCGCUCUGUGAUCAGGCCUCUCAGAUUCAGAUUGUGAAUGUUCUGCGGCAGACCGCUCAUGUUAACAAAGCAGCUUACAACCUCAUGAAAGAACAUGGAGUCUUAACAUGGAUAUUACAGCUGAUAGACAAGAGGUUUUUUGACAGCAAGUUGUCGAGUUCAGUCAUUGAGUUGCUUCAUGCUCUGUGGUUCACUAAUUUGGGUAAUAAAGAAAUUAAACCAGAAGCGAACAGCACUGCAUCAGAGCGGCCACAGACUUCAGGCAAAUGUCUUCCUCUGCCAGUCAUCAAUGAGUUUCUGUGCACGCUGCUCACCAUCAUCAGACACCUGGGGAGUGGUGUGAACGCACUUCAGAUGAAGGCAUUCCUGCACACACUGUCCUCUGUACUGUUGCAUUGUGGGACAGCUCUGAAUGCUCACAAGGAAGCAGGCUGGCUGACACUGCACCCGCAGAAGCUAUCGUGCUCUGAAGUUCUCAGUCUCCUGCAGCGCUGGGCAGCACUGGCCCGCGACGCCGCACUGCUGUCUGCUCUGCAGACUCUCAUCAACAAACACAAAGUCAAAGAGCUGAUGGGCUCUGGAAGAGAGAAAGGGCAAGGAAAAUGCCACUCAGCGAAGCACGCUCAAUUUCGAUUGGAAAAACAGACAGAAACUGUCGAUGGACAAGGGGAAAAACUGGAGCAGGCUUUGCUGGACGAGUGUAAACCGCUUCUUAGAAACAUCCUCAUACACUGGGAACCCAAAGAAAAAGAGCUUUCCUGUUCCAAGCCUGAACCCUUCACCACAGACAAACCUGAGCCAAGCAAUCUAGAUGAUGCCACUGCAUGUUUAAUUCUCAAGUGGGCCCUCAAGACAUUGACGGAGAGUCCGUAUGAUGACAGCAGCACCUUAGCUGUCUUAAAAUGGUUCAGUAGCAUCAUACUGCCGCGUACAAGUAUCACAGAUGCUAUUCUGAUGGAUGAAGGCAUGAGAAUGGACUUCCUAAGAUUAUAUCACCAGACAUGUGACCACACAGCUCAAGCAGUGGACACCCUGCAGCUGUUCUCUAGAGUCAUGGUCCAUUUGCUGGAGGCACACAGCACUUCUCUGAAUGGCAUUCACCAGACGGUGUUAAGAACCUGCUUGCUUACAAACACGGAUGAUGGUGCCAAGCGAGAAACCGGGCUGAAAUUGCUCUCGCUGUACAUCUAUGAGCUGUGGAGUGGAGCGCGGUCACCUGACCUCCUGCUGACCCAUGCCAGACUGCUGUGCCUCAGGACAGGCAUCAGAAAGCCCAAACCUCACGUCCUGCACAUGUGUAAAGACAUUCUGUCUGCGGUUGAAUCAUGACAUGCUGCUUUGUCUAUGGGAUUACAUUGUUUUACAAAAUAAUAAGAAAAAAAAGUUGAGUGGAUCUUUUUGUAAUUUUAUAGUUGUUUAAAAUAAAAAAGAUCGUCAAA